GUUCAAGGAGAAGAGAAUGUGACAAGGGAGACGGAGAAGGGGAAGGAAGCAAUUGUGACAGAAAAUUUUGUGGACGUUCAUGAAGAUGGAGAUGUUAGAAGUAAGAGUGUGAAGGGGAAGGAAAAAAUUGGUGUAGUUCGAGUAGAGAGCGGUGUGAAAUCUGUGGAUGUGAAGGGGAAGGCAAAGAUUGUUGAGAACAAGGAACCGACGAAAAAGGACACAAGCACUGCUUUGGUUAUAGGAAAAAGAGAAUUGCAAUUGAUAUCAACAAGGAGAAGAAAGGCAGCUGAAGUUACGAAGUCUCCUUUUAUGGCGCGAGCAGUUGACCCUAAUCAGACCUCAUACGCAAGUGAAAAGUUGAUGUGGAAAUGAGUGAUGCAACAAGGGGAUGAUAAGAGCUGUACACAAUGGCAGGCCGAAUCCCAAAAAACAAGUCUUACGAAGUGUUUAAAGAAGGAAUGGAGAUGACAUUGGAAUCAGUUAAACCUGAUGUCAAAAUGGAAGAUGUUGAUUUGCAGGUCGAAGUGUUGGACAACUUGUCGGUGGACAUGCACUUUGACGAAAAGUAUGGUGAAAUGUCG